UUUACCUCCGCUUCACAGCGCCACAGGAAGUUGGCUAAAAAAACAAGAACGGAACCUGAAUUUAUCCCUGAAAAUGGAUUAAAAUGUAAAAGUAUCGUUGUUGUUUUGAAGUCGCGGUCUCUUCAGAUGAUGUCUAACACGGCGAGGAGCGGAGACAUCAUCCACCUGAACGUCGGAGGGAAGAGGUUCAGCACCUCCCGACAGACCCUCACCUGGGUUCCUGACUCAUUCUUCUCCAGUCUUCUGAGCGGUCGCAUCUCGACUCUGAAGGAUGAAACCGGAGCUAUCUUCAUCGACAGGGAUCCGUCUCUGUUUGCUCCCAUCCUCAACUUCCUGCGGACCAAAGAGCUGCACCCCCGAUCCAUCAACGUGCACAUGCUCAUGCACGAGGCCGAGUUCUACGGCAUCACGCCGCUCGUGCGGAAGCUGCAGCUGUGUGACGAGCUGGACCGAUCAUCCUGUGGAAACGUGCUGUUCAACGGCUACCUGCCUCCACCAGUGUACCCGGCGAAACGGCGCAACCGUCACAGCGUGGCGGGGUCGCAGUUCAUGGCCGGUCGGGUCAUGAACGUAGAGAGAGCGCCGGUCAGACGCAGCAACACCAUGCCACCAAACCUGGGGAAUUCUGGGAUACUGGGCAGGGCCAGCAUCGAGGAGAGGACGUCUGCAGGUCAGUCGUCAGAUUCUGGGAUGGUCCGGAUCAUCUGUGGUCACCAUAACUGGAUCGCCGUGGCCUACGCGCAGUUUGUCGUCUGCUACAGGGUGAAGGAGUCGACCGGGUGGCAGCAGGUCUUCACCUCCCCUCGUCUGGACUGGGUGAUCGAUAGAGUCGCGCUCAACGCCAAGGUGAUGGGCGGCUCGCUGGGAGACAACGACAAGAUGGUGGCCGUCGCCUCGGUGACAGAGAUCAUCCUGUGGUCCAUCUGUCCCGACGGAAACGGAAAUGAAAUUGGUGUCUUCAGUCUGAAUGUGCCAGUGGAGGCGCUCUUCUUCGUUGGUAACCAGCUGAUCGCUACCAGCCACACGGGGAAGGUCGGAGUGUGGAACGCCGUCACCAAACACUGGCAGAACCAGGACGUGGUUCCCAUCAGCAGCUACGACACCGCCGGCUCCUUCCUCAUCCUGGGCUGCAACAACGGAUCCAUCUACUACAUCGACGUUCAGAAGUUUCCACUGAGGAUGAAGGACAACGACCUGUUGGUGACGGAGCUGUACAGAGACCCGACUGAAGACGCCAUCACUGCUCUCAGCGUCUACCUCACGCCCAAAACCAGUGACAGCGGGAACUGGAUCGAGAUCGCGUACGGGACCAGCUCCGGGACGGUUCGAGUCAUCGUUCAGCAUCCAGAGACCGUCGGCUCAGGGCCUCAGCUGUUCCAGACCUUCUCCGUCCACCGCAGUCCAGUCACCAAGAUCAUGCUGUCUGAGAAACACCUGAUCUCAGUUUGCGCCGACAACAACCACGUCCGAACGUGGACGGUGACUCGGUUCAGAGGGAUGAUCUCCACCCAGCCGGGGUCCACGCCGCUCACCUCCUUCAAGAUCCUGAGCCUGGACGACGUCGACGGACACGGAGGCUGCAGCGCCGGCACAGAGAUAGGUCCGUACGGAGAGAGAGACGACCAGCAGGUCUUUAUCCAGAGAGUCGUCCCGGACACAGAUAAACUGUACGUCAGGCUGUCGUCCAAUGGGAAGAGGGUGUGUGAGGUGCGCUCGGUGGACGGCAUGUCCAUCACGGCCUUCAUGGUCCACGAGUGCGAGGGCUCGAGUCGGAUCGGCUCCCGGCCGCGGCGCUACCUGUUCAGCGGCCACAGCAACGGCAGCAUCCAGAUGUGGGACCUGACGACGGCCAUGGAGAUCGCCGGGAAGGUCGACAUCAGAGCGCUGGGCGGGCCCACAGAGGAGGAGCUGCUGGAGCUGCUGGACCAGUGUGACCUGGCUCUGACCAGAACACCUGACAGCACACCUAGAGCCUCCACCUGCAGCCUCCACUCUCAGCUCAGUGACGGCUUCAGGACCGAGCGUCUUCACUCUGCAGGAGGAGGUCGAGGAGCCGCAGCUUCCAGUUCGUCGGCGUCGCUGUACGGCAGCCUCCCCCGCCAGGCUCCGCCCCCUGUGCCGCUGACUAAGCCUGUCCGAGACCCCGCCCACUUGACUGGGCCCGGAGCCGGACCUCAGACCCUCGCCGUCCUCGGCCACAACCAGACCGCCAGUCCCCGCCCCACCAGACACAUGGACAGAGAUGGGGGUCAGGUGCGGAGGGGGAGCUUCGUCGAGCGCUGCCAGGAGCUCGCUAAGGGUUCAGAGGCGGCGGGGGGAACCGGGUUCGGGGUCCCUGCGGGGUCGGAGGGCGUGAGGCGGAGCUUAGCGGUCUGCAGCGAGUUAGAGGCCAGAUUCGGCCUCAGGACCCAGACCACCUUUUCUGUGUCGCCCGGCGCUCGCUAUUCACCCACAACACCUCCAUCACUGUCCUCAUCACCGCUGUCCUCAUCCUCAUCACACCGCAGGGCCACGCCCACCUCCCCAACAAGCCCCGCCCCCACAGCGGUGAGCCCAACCCGGUCUCAGACCCCCGUCUCUCCUCGCCGCGGUGGCGCUACAGCGUCUCCCACCGACGUCCCAGCGUCACCUGAGACCCCUGCGAGUCCAGAGAGCCCCGCCCCCGCCCCCGCCCCCACCAGCCCCAAACCACACAUGAACGAGACCAGCUUCUGAUUGGCUUGAGACGCUCAGAGACACGAUGAAGCCAAUCAGCUGUUGGAUACGACUAAUAAACUAGCGUCAGGUGGGAAACGAACCUGAGCUGCACUGAUCAAUACUUUACAUAAUCAAUGACUCCGUGUAACGUUUAAGGGCUCGAUCAAAGUUCUGGACACAGUAACUGUUCACUAAACCCCAUCAGAGCUAACAGCGACAGAUCCUCAGCUCGUCAGUGAACGCAGCGUUUACUUCACUGUCUCUUUGUUUUUGUAGCUUUUUGGAAUCUUUCUAACCAGAACCUUUUCUACCUGCUCCUCAGCCCGAUGACUUUUAAACAACUAAAAAAAGUUUGUAUAGAAGCUUUAUUUUUUUAAUUUGUACGUUUGAAACCUUUGAAAAGUUUGACGUCGUUCACUGUGACGAACAGAAACCACGUCGACUUCAGUCCGUUCACGUCUUCACCGAGCCAAACUUGAACGUCUCACAGUCUUUACGUUUCCGUUAUUAUCCUGUUUAUUUUUUAAAACAACAACAAGCAAAAAAUAAUAACUGACAAAACCAAAAGAAAGUUAAUUUAUUAUUGGUAUUUUCCUCCUAAUCUGGAAUAACCUGGACGAACCCCAACAACAUUGAUUCAUUAUUCAUUUCAUAUUUAAAACCUAACUCUUUAAAUAAUAAUUGAGUAUUUUACUAACCUCUACUUCUGCUCUUGUAUUUCAGAGGAGAAUACAGCAGCUUUUACUCCUUUACAAUAAAUAAUGAUGUAUGAUUAUUGAUUCAGAUCAGACGUUAUUGAUCCCUGGAGGUAAAUUCACAGACUCCUUCAAAUCAGCCGUAUCAGCAUCAUUGUUAAAUGCAGCAGGAAGGACUGAAACAAACAGUUAAUGGUUGUGAGAGGAUUGUGAACCAGCUGUUUAAACUACAUGUGUGACAUUAUUAUGACGAUUAACUGAGAACCUGCAGAAACCCUGAAUGAGCUCCACGUUCUGUUGAUUCUCUUUCAAGGAAAAUGUGGAGCUUUAGAUGAAGCGUGAGGCUGUAAAUGUGAUGUAUUUCCUGUUGGGACAGAGUCCUCUCCUGCUGGUUUAUCUAACUCUAAGUGUCCGUCACUGGUUCACCUCACCUUAAACACACCUUUACUUUAUGUUGUAUGAUCAGUUUUCAGCAUUAAACCUUCAGUCUGUUUUAUUUCUCAUAUUGUCUGAUGUGGAACGUUCAGAGCCACUGAACCUCCUCUGUUCAAAUAAAACACAUCUGCCGUCAA